CUCACAUUCAACAUCCACAAGCAACACCAUACCUCUGCGUUGAGCUUUCUGGGGUGCUCUACAAAGCAUAUUCUGGGUUACUAGAAGACUACAGCCAUGUCACAGCUAUCUACAGUUUCCGCAUUCGUGGAAGGUGCACCUCCUGGAGAGGUAAGUCGACACUCAUGCCGCACCAAAGCUUCUGCUAACUCUCCCCAAGCUUGCAGAUGUUAUCGCUGGUACGAAUAUAUUCCUGCGUGCUUCAAAUACCUUGCUGAAACCGCCAAAAUAGACAUUAAAGCUCUGACGAUCGAUACGCCCGGCCUGGUUUCGCAGCUUGGACCUGCGUUCGAGAAAUACAAUGAGGAACAAUUCGCGACGGUGAAGCUGCCGGGCGGCAGUCAACAUGUUCGUUCUUAGAAAAGAUUGGAUUUGGAAAGAGGCUAAUGGUGUUGAAGGUUAUUGUCAGCUCGCAUAACUCUUUGGGUGAUGGAAGAUAUUAUGACGUGGAGAGCUCUUCCAGUUUUGCUUUCGAUCAUGCUACGCAGGUAGGCCAUUCCCUAUUCUGGGCCACAACAAUACUGGAAUAUGUAUCUGACGACAUAUAGAAAGCAAGCGCGGUUCAGAGCCAUGUUCUGGAGAGCAGUCAAUUGGAUCUCAUGUACGUUGCUGUUAAAGGAGGAUGCAGAUGAUUUUUCCCGCUAACAUUUCAUCUCAGCAAAUCGCUCCUCAAAAGUUUAGGCUCCCAUUGCAGCGAGCACUACCCUAAUUCCUCGUAUGGUGUCUACCCAAUAGAGAAUGACUCGGAUAUCGCAAUACUCGUUGUUGCAAACAAGUACAGCCCAAACAACUUCUGGUAAACCAGCCAGCCCAUUCCUUGGAGGAUUCCAGCAACUAAUGGAAAACAGGAAUGGUCGAUGGCGAUCGCUCUACGUAUACUCCCCCUCUUCCUCGCAACUGAAAGGCAGCCUGAAAGUUGAUGUCCAUUACUACGAAGAUGGAAAUGUCCGUCUCCUGACAACGAAACCCGUUUCCGCCUCCAUAUCGACCGCGUCCGCUUCAGCAAUCAUGCGAGAAAUUGCCGUAGCGGAAAAGAAGUACCAGGAAGAAAUCAACAAAGGGUUCAGCAGUCUUAGCGAAGGAGCGUUUAAGGGGCUUCGAAGGCAGUUGCCAAUCACAAGACAGAAGAUUGAGUGGGAUAAGAUUGCGGGGUAUCGUCUCGGUCAAGAUAUAGGUGGGGGUAGCUCGAGAAAGUAGGCUGAGGAGGGAUAGGGUUUAGGUUGAUAGCGAGCGUUACUUGUGUGGUGGUGUCCGUACACGGAAACCAUUGAUUAGGUACGAAUGCGAACUGUCUAACAUAAGCAUUUCGCCCUCGGCCUCGGACUUCUUCCGAGAAGACGCAAGAAUCUUUUCUAUCUGCUCAUUACUGAAUUGGGGCUACCAAAGAAUCCAAAAAGUAAGAGAGAAAAGGCCACCUAUGCCUUGAAAUUAAUGUUUGUACGAGUAAGACGAUAGAUGUGUAUUGGUAGAACAACGUUUCUGUCAUCACAGCACAAAAUACCAGAUAAGUAUACAAUUUUUCUACAUUUUUCUAGGUCGUGGAACGCCGUGUCUUUGUAUAGACCAAUGUGACCAAUCAGCGUGGGUUUAUUUGUUAGCCCGGAACCCGGAGGGCUUCCAUCUCCCCACACUAGCAGGCCCGACAAGCCAAAUCCCCGUAUUAUCGGCGGUUGACAUUCGGGAUUAACGGGGGGGCAUCUCACAGGUUAACACUCGACCACCUUCUGCCCAAUUCGAAGAGUGCCCAGGGUCCAACGCCUUUCUUCAUACAUCUGUCCGUGCAAUAUCGCAACGCAACUAUUGAACACAUUGCCUGUUACUCAAUUCCUCUCACCUGCCAUUCUCUACUCAAGACCACUCGCACGCAAACCCUCCGACUGGAUCCCUAUCUCUCGGCGGCCCAUUCGCUAUCAGACACCGAUUCCAUUCGACGAAUCUUCGACGCUCCGGAGACGGUAACACAUAUCACACCUUUUGACACGAUGUCGGAAUCCAAGGUCUUUACUUAUGCGGAGGUUUCCUCACACUCGGGCAAGAAGGACUUGUAUAUGGUGAUUCAUGAUAAGGUUUAUGAUACGACGGCAUUCGUUGAUGAGCAUCCGUGAGUUUAUCUAUCUUCUGUCUUUCUGGCGUUUUUUGUUGGGUGCUUGAUAUCUUCCUUUUUGCCGGACGAUGCCGAGGUCGGUUUGUCGAGAUUGGGGAUGCGGUAUACUUUCCGCUUAAGGGGUCUCGAGAGGAGAGAUGGAUGAGGAUAUCAGGAUUUGUUUGGGGUAUGUGGACUGUUGGCUUCUCGUCGAGGGACGAGGGCGGGCAAGUCUGUUGGGUGGAAGCCUUUCGGAUGCACAUAGCCUUGUACAAACCCGCCAUAGGGAUAUCUCUAUACUGCAGUGCAGAUACCUGCUGGAGUUUUGAAGCAAGAAUACAUCACUAACUUCCUCGCAGAGGUGGAGAGGAAGUCCUACUCGAUGUCGGUGGACAAGACGCAACAGAAGCAUUCGAGGAUGUCGGACACAGUGACGAGGCCCGAGAGAUCUUGGACGGUCUGUUAAUCGGGGACUUGAAGCGUGUGGUAAGUUCUCUCCUCUCCCCAUUCCCUGCUCAAACCACAAGAAGAUCCAAAUCCUAACCGCUUUCUCAACAGGAGGGCGACCCUAAACCAAAGGUCUAUGAUGCCGCCGACAGCCCAUCACCAUCCGCCGAGCCCAGUAUGGGUCUCGGUCUCUACGCUAUUGUUCUCCUUGGUGGUGCUGCUGCCUUUGGUGCCUACAAAUACAUGCAAGCCCAGGAGGGAAAGACCGCAUAAGAUG